UUCGUGUGCGUGAUUAUGUGUGUUUUCGGACGCUCGUGUUGGCGGUGCUGUCGAGGAUAUAUACUAGCGGACACGACCGAGAGCGAAUGCUCGUGCGGGGAGCGCGCCGAGGAGUCGGCGCGCCUGACGGCGGCGGGCGACGGCGGCGGCCCGGGGGCGGGCGGGGGCUAUGAGUGCAGCCCUCCGCCCGCCGACGAGGACGUGCUGUCGUACUGCGAGUACCACGACAUCCCGCCGCCGCCCGACGGCGGCUACGGCUGGGUCAUCGUCAUCGCCUCCUUCCUCUGCAACAUGAUCGUGGACGGCAUCGCCUACACCUUCGGCGUCUUCCUCGGCGAGUUCGUCACCUACUUCGGCGAGGGCAAGGGCAAGACGGCGUGGGUGGGCUCGCUGCUGUCCGGCAUGUACCUCAGCGCAGGUCCCGUCGUGAGCGCGCUCACCAACAAGUUCGGUUGCCGCGCCGUGUGCAUCGCCGGCAGCAUCAUCGGGUGCGUCGCCUUCAUCCUGAGCACCGUGUCGCCCGACGUCAACACCCUCAUGCUCACCUACGGCGUCCUGGGAGGCAUUGGAUUUGGCCUCAUAUACCUGCCUGCUGUGGUGUGUGUAGGCUACUACUUUGAAACUAAAAGAUCUCUUGCUACUGGUAUUGCUGUCUGUGGUUCAGGAUUUGGUACAUUUGCAUUUGCUCCUCUUGCAACAUAUCUUUUGGAUGAAUAUGGAUGGAAAGGGGCCAAUCUCAUUUUAUCUGGCCUUAUUCUAAACUGUGCUGUGUUUGGAGCAUUAAUGAGGCCUCUGGAAUAUCCUAAAUCACCACGUUGUAAGCCACUUCUCCAACGAAUGGCUGAAGAGAAACGUUUUCAAAUGGAGAGAGGUUCUAUUGGAGGAUCAUAUUUCAUGGUUCAACUCCCAGAUGGCAGCAUGGAGAAACGCUUGAAAAUGCCCAUCAACAUAGAUCCGGGAGUGCAUUCAAGUUUUAACCUUGACCAGCUUGUACCAGGAACUCCUAUAACACCAGUUCCAACUGUACCAACACUUCCAACCAUCUCUGAAGUUAAAGUACCAGAACAAAGUGGGUCAUCUGGAGCUUCUAGCACUGGAAGUACAGAACUUAAAAAUGGAGAGAAGCAGCGUCGCAAUUUAAGAAUUGAAGAUGUUAAGGAAGAACAAGAAAAUAGUAAAGAAAAGGACAGCAAAGAAGAGAAAGAGAAAGAUGAGAAGCAAACGGAAAAGAAACUUAAUGAAGAAAAUGGUUUGGAAUUUACUGCUCGAGCUAACCUGCCUCGCAAUGCUUCACAACCAGCCUUCACUACACAUGUUCAAGGACUUCCAAAGAAUGGUUCAGUGCCAUUUUUUGAUCGCAUCCGCAAAACAAGUGCUGGAGAACGAUAUCGCCCUACGCUCCAGGCAAUUAAAGUAUCCCGCUCUAACAUGAAUUCAAAUGGUGACAUACGUCGAUCGUUGCAUCUUCGUCUAUCAAAUUCAUCUUUUCUUGGCAGUCGCAAUAACAACUGUGAUGACAUGUGGUCCAAGACUGAUAUGGGAGACAACGAAAGUAUUAUGUUUAGCACCUCCAAGUCCAGUAUUCCUAGGGAGCGUAAAGAAAUGAUUCGCCCCAUGUCACGCAAAGAUAUCUUCUACUCUGGCAGUGUGAUGAAUCUUCCAGAAUACAAGUCACAAAAGUCAUUGGCCAGCUAUCGUCAAAGUGUCAUGUCCCUGCCAAAGUACGCACAAGAGCGUGAUGGUGUUGUUGUGGAUCCUGAAAGGGCAGAUCCAUGCCCAUGCUGCACAUUCUCGGAAGCUUUCAAGUCGACUCUGGCCUCUAUGAUGGACGUCUCCCUGCUCAAGGACCCUGUGUUUAUGCUCAUCAGCAUAAGUAACUUCUUUGGAAUGAUGGGUCUCUAUGUUCCUUUUGUGUACCUUGUGGAUUGUGCUAUAAAAGCAGGAAUUGAUCCAGGCAUGGCUUCGUAUUUACUGUCAGCCAUUGGUAUUACCAAUACUGUGGGCCGUGUUGCUUGCGGCUUUGUUGCUGAUUUGCCAAAGGUAGAUUCCCUCUUGCUCAAUAAUAUCUGCCUUGUUGUGAGCACUUUGGCUGUAGCUGCUACUCCACUUUGCCAGUCCUACAUGUCAUUCAUGGUCAUGGCUAUAUUUUUUGCGGGCUACAUUUCUCUCACUUCUAUAAUAUUGGUAGAUUUGCUUGGGUUGGAUAAACUCACCAAUGCAUUUGGCCUUCUCAUCCUGUUCCGUGGAGCUGCUGCUAUUGUGGGAUCUCCUCUUGCUGGAGCUGUGUAUGAUGCAACUCAAGACUAUACCAUUUCAUUCUACAUGGCUGGUGCAUUCUUUGGAGUUUCAGCAAUUACCAGCUUUCUUGCUCCUACUCUUAAACGAUGCACUACUCCUACAACAUUGCCACCACUGCCUGAUGCUCUUACACCAAUUGAUGAAGAUGUUGAAGAAGAAAAUGAUGAUGACAAUAUGCCAAACAAUAUUCCUGAGAUAGUAGAAACAGCCGCUUCACCAAUCAACCCAGUUGCAAAUCAACCAACAGAAAUCAAACAAAUUGAGUCUGUACUUUGAAACAGUUUUGAAAAGAUGACUUUGUUUUGAGGACAACUACGCAGCCUCUUUCUGAAGCAGCUUCUUUGACUUUGUUUCAUGAAAGCUUUUUGCUUCUGUGUAUGAAAGCAAAUAAAUACUGAAUGUUUCAAAUUGGAAAAACUGACGCAUUUCUUAGACAUUUCAACAUGCUGCUUUUAAUAAAUUGAAAACUUUCACAUUUCGAAAUAACGAGAGAAAUGAGUUGCUGAUUUUUUUUUAGCACUCAGUACGUAUAAUAAAAUUAUCGCUAAAUGUAUGUAGCCAAAAAAAUUUUAAUUGUGAGAAUCAUUGAAAUGUAUUACAAUAAUGUAAAGAAUGGUCAGUCAUUUGAAUCCCAACAUUCUUUUUGAAACAUUAUUUCAUUUCACAUCUUCUCCAAAAUUUAUAGUUUGAAAUAAAUUUGGGAGUGGACAUGAUUUGUAAUAUGAUUCUACUGAUUAACAAUAUCUUGAAAUCAUAGACAUUCAAUAUUCUCAGAUGUAAGGAAAUGUGAAUGAUACCUAUAACUAGAAAAUAUUUCUUGUUGUGAAUGCAAUAUAUUUCACCACAGCAAAUAAUGAUGCUGCACUCAUAUAAUCUUUUUCACUGUUUCCAUUAAAUGGCAUAUAGUGCAUGUUUCUAAUCACUAAAAAUGUCAUACAAAAUACUAUUUGUACUAAAUCAAAUAGUAGUAGUUAACUGCCUCCAUUGACAUAUGAUUGAUAUCAAUGAUUAUGAAUAAGGUACAAAAUCGAUUCAAGAGGGGAGGUGGUAGAAAGAUAGACAUACUAAACAGGUGUAACUGAAUAAAUGUUUUAUUCAUUAACUGUGAUAAAAAAUAAUGUGCAUGGAGACAGCAUGUACAAAGUGUACAUGAGUGGUAUGUUGUAACAAAGAUCAGGUUUUCAAUAUGUCAGUAAAGUAAUACAGAGAAGAAGACAGCAUGUCAAUAUUUUGUUAUUUGUACAGUUUUUGAGAGGAAAAAUGCAAGAUGGAGCGAGAAAGAAGAUGAAAGUGAAAAGAUGAAUUUAGUGAUGAACAGUUUUUGAGAUAUGUGGAACAUAACUUUCCAAGACAGUUAAUAAUUUUUGAGGAAAAAGAAAAAGAGACAUUUGGAAGUUUCUUGUGAUGUGGACAAGAGUGACUGUGCAACUUAGUAAGAAAAGUGUGUGUUUUUUAAUCAUUUGAAGAUGAGUUGUAGUGUAUGUGUAUGAAGAUUUUUAUCUAUUCUGGUGCUAGAGUAUUACAUUUUGUUGAUGGAACUUAUUCUAAGCAUAAGAAGUUUGGUCAUUUCAAAGGCCUGUGUUAUUGUGAAAUUCUGUACAUUUAGGAAACGUACAGUCGUAUACUUUUUGUCCUUUUUAUGAUGAGAAUUGGUAAAUAAUUUCUUUUAAUAAUAUUAAGUUGUGGGUGGGUGGAAAAUGACUGCUUGCCAUUUUACAUUUGAAGGAUAUAUGCUUUGGUGAACUUGGCACUUUGCAUAGUAUUCACUGUUACACAAAACAUAUGUACAUUCUCAACUAUGUUCAUUAGAAGUGACAGAUAGUCCAAACAAGAUAAAAAUCUUGUUGAAAAUUUAAUUUAAUAUAGAGAAAAUGUAUAUUAAUUUAUCUGUUUACAGUAGCAGAGAUAUUAAAGAAACAAAUCAUACAUGCAUGAAGAAUUGUAACUUAUUUGUUACAUGUUCUAAAUGGAAUAUUUUAUAGUUUUGUUGCAAAAAUAUAAAAAGGAAUAGUCUCAGAUAAUUACAUGUGUUUGUAGUAAUCAAAACAUUGUAGCAUAAGCAAAUAUAUUGGCUAUGAACUUUUAAUAUUGUACUAUUGAAGACCAUUAAUGUGACUUUAUUUUGUUGUGUUUCUUUAUUCAAAUAAUGUGUAAUGAAAAUAUUGGCUUGAGUAUUAGUAUUUGUUGCUUGAAAAAGUAUAGUAUUUUAAUUUUGUAUUCCAUCAGGCUAUUAUAGUGGAGCUUCAAUCAGUUUCCAAAUUUAUAAUUUGAAAAUUGAAAUAUAAGUAAGAGCCCAUUCAAAAGCCAAGUGCAUACCUUGCAAUUCCGAAUUAUUUUGUUUGCCUGUUAAACUUUUGUUUAUAAAAAUAUUAAUUCAAGAACAUUCUUUUUUCUCUGGGGUCAUGGUAACAGAUCACAGAGUUUACAUUUUAUGUCUAGUUUAUUGUGUCUUCAUAAUGUACAAAUAAUUGUUACAAUAGUGAACUUCUUUGUUCUGUUACCAGUGAUGAAUUCUUAUGUCCUCUCCACCCAUCCUUAUUUAGCAAUAUACCAUUAGAAAAGUUGAUCAAAAUUGUUGAUUAUCACACUAAUUAUUUAUCAUAAUUACUGCUAGAAAUCUAUAAAGAUCAAUACAGGUAAAAUAUUACUAUACCUAAUGAUUACUUGUCGAAGUGUGACUAUAUGAGCCAUGUGAACAUAUUCACUUGUAAGUAUGGAUAAUAAAAAAAUAGGAAAUCAGUAAAAGUGUAAUUUAUUUGCAAUUUUUCAAAACUACCUGCAAAGUUAUACAUGGCAAAUAUAGAUAUUGAAGAAUAGGCUCCUGAUAAAAAUACUUUUCACUAUAAAACAAUGCUUAAAUUAUUUCAAGACAUUUAAGACAUGACAUUAAAAGUGACAGACCUUUUGGUGGCAAAUAAUCACAGAAUAAUUAAUAUAAAGUAAGAACACAAGAUUUUUGACAAACAUCAAUGAAUUGUUGUGCCAUGUAUAAAUAUAACACAUUCAAGAUUUAAAAUAUUGAUAAAGUCUAUUAUUUGGGGUUUAAUAAAAAAAAUUAAAUAAUUUCUUAAUAUUGCUGUGAAAUGUGAGAAUAAUGCAGCAAAAUUAAUUAUAGAUUUCAUUUCAUUAUAGAUUUGAUAUACUUGCAAGGAAUUAAAUUUGAAUGAAAAGAGCAUUUUCUAAUUGGAGUAGCACACUUUCUGUGCAUGCCAUCCAAAGGUUAAUGCUUUGUAUGACUGGUCUUGUGUGUUAGAAUGCAAAGUAUUUAUCUCAAUACAGUACACCUUUAAAUGUAAUUACAAGAAAUAAAGCACCUUGUUUGCAAAUGUGCUCCAAUGGCUUAACAAUGCAAUGAAUCUUGAGCUUUCUGCCAGAGAACUGUGUUUUCAAAAUGAUCCAGGGUUUAGUGAUUUGGGUCUGUUACAUAUUAAUGCCAUGACAAUGAAUAUCAGCCUUUACAAAAACGUUAUGGCUAAUGCAUUUUAUUAUUUUAGUGUUGUUUAUCAGUUAUGGUCAUGCAAGUCUGAUCUUUCAGAACAGUUACAUGUUACAUUAUACCUGAUAAUAAAAAUACCAAGAGCAAAGUUCUUAAUUGUACUUCUACUGUGAUAAUAUUUGUAGGUAGGGUUUGUACAUAUACAGUUGAAGUGAGACUUUCUUUAAAUGUUAGCAAUCUCCUAAACAUUACUUCUUGUACAUAAUUUCCAGAAGUUAAGAAUAAAUUGUUAUAUUGCUGUAGUGUGUAACAAUGAAAAAGACCAGACUUCAUGAUCAAUUACCUACAAAAGGUGUAUAUUUAAUAUGAAUAUCAGGGAAAAUGUUUUAGUUUUAAAAAUUAUUCAUUGUUUCAUGUGUGAAUGUGAUAGGAAAUUGAAGGUGAGAGUAAGCCUUAUUUGUAAUAGAAAAGACAUGAAUGGGAAAACUAAAAUGUUCCAAAGUAUGAAGUGUUUCUAUAUGGUGGGUGGCUCUUCAUUAUGAGAAAUUUGUCCAUAUGGACUAUUAACAGGUCUUAACACUCUACACAGCAAUGUACUUAGGUGAACACUCACAGUUUACAAUAGACAGAGCUUCUUUAUUUUUUGUUAGGGAUGGUAUUAAAUGACUGAUUUUUCUGAAUGAGAAAGAAUUUGUGUGGCAAACUGUGUUUACUUGUCAGCCACAGAAUGUAUUGUGAUAUUUUAGAGACAGAAUUCUCUCAUGUAGAGCAUAAUACUUCAUUCCACAUUUGUGAAUGUUACUAGUAGAAUAAAAAUAUAUGACUGUUGUUGUCACAGCUAAUACAAUUCACAAGUAAAUUUAAUGAAUGUCUUAUGGUGGCAAAAGACACCACACAGUGAAUUUAAUAAUUCGUUUGUCCCUUCAAAUAAAUCAUCUAUUAAUUAGAACAUAUUAAUAACAGUAUCUGUAUAUCAAACUUUUUGCUAUUGAACAGGCUGUGAAUACAAUUGUUCUUAAUGUGAAUGUUUUAAUAAGUACCUCCUAAGUGCAUAUGCUUCAUGUUAUAAGCGUUACAAUAAUUAUAGUCAUAUAUUUUUCUCACUGCUUUAAUAAACUUGCCUUGUGUGAGAUAAGUAGAUGACUAAAAUGAGGAGGUAUAUUUUACAAGUAUAUAUUUUCACUUGGCCUGAAGAUUGAUGAGAAAAUGAAAAUAAUGUGCAAAUAAAAAUACUUCCACAUAUUUCCAUUGAAACACGUAUAGGAUACUACCUAUUUUGAGAAAAAGAUACUUGGAUGGGCUAUUAUCUAAUGUAAACAGUCUGAUCAUCUUUCCUGAGACUUACUACAGUCCAAGGCUCAAUUGAAAUCAGAUACUGCUAUUAAUUUCUUUAGGCCAAUUAAUUAAUACACAUACAAUAUUAAACUUUAGUGUAUAAUGAGUAAAUCUUGCCACAGCACUUUAUGUUAUGUUAAAAUAUUAAUUUAUUAUAAUGUUCCAUUCAACAUGAAAAAGAAACCAUCCCUAGCUUCCUAGUUUCAUAACAUGAAAUUAUAUGUCUCUAGGAGCAACAUUUUGCACUAGCUUGUGAAAUGACUUCAAUUCAACCUUAUACAUUCUCUAAAUGUGUGUAGGGGUCUUAAAAACAGUUAACUGUGUUCUUAUCUCUAAUUGUUAUGUACUUUUAAUGCAAGUACAUAUGAAUAACAAGUAAUCUUUUCUAAUUGUAUCAAGUUCUAACUGCAAGGAAGGAUUAUCUCUAUUUUAAUCCCAUCACAGAUUAGUUUCAUGAUUGGGUCAGUGUUGUUUAGAUGCUGUGUAUACAGGGCAAAAUAGCUAUAAAGUUACUUAUUUGUAGGAAUAAGGGAUAAUUGUAACAUCCCUAUCAAGAAACACAUCCUAGCAAUGUGGUGAUAAAUUGGUGACUAUGAGGGAGGAACAUGGGAGAAUAGUUUUUCUUAAUCUGCUUACCUGUAGGAUAAAUUAUCUGAAUUUUCUUCAAUUUCCUGUUUGUAUUAUCUUUUUAUAAAGACAGCUAGACUUUGAUCUUUACUAAUAAGAAGGGCACAAACAUUGUGUGGAUUGCAUAAUUAAAAGUUAAGCAUGCAUAAAUGAUUUUUAAAUUGAAAUAGAGCAUACCUUGAAAUUCCAGUUUUUGAGGGAAGAAGGAUAUUUGCUCACAUCCAAUCACGCUUAAAGAGUGAAAACUAUUUUUACUGCUUGUAAUACAGUUUUUCAGGGUGGCUGUUUUCUGGGUGCCUGUGCGAUAUUUGUAAGUGGUUUGAAGAAGAAUGUCAGAGUACAAAAAUAGGCCCUCACAUUGUAGAGAUGUGUGAAUUGUUCUCCAAUUCCUCCCAUGUUCCUGUGCAUUAUGCUGGGCUGUUUUUCAUUGGUAAGAAGUUAGUGAAAUAAAGCAAAAAUAUAUUUUGUUUGUUUGAAUGUUCAUUUGUGAAAUGUUUAAUAAAGUAUAUCACUAAAUUAAAUUGUAUUUUAUGCCUGGCUGAAUUAUAUGUGUACAAUAGGAAUAUUAUUCCGCAUAAGAGAUCAGAUCAUAUGUACAUAUAGAAUUAUACAUACUACAUAAAAUGAAAUACUUAACUUCUGUGGUUUCAUUUUAUUAUAUUUUAUGUAGUUUCCCUUGUUUCAAAAAUAGAUAAUUAAAUGUUA